CGUGUGAGACUGGAAUAAGAAAUCAGCUGAUGAACGCGUGGUUUUCAAAUUUACAGUUUUGUAGCGGGAUUUCACAUUUUUUCGUAGUAUACGCAAUUAAAAAUUUGUGAAUUGCUGGAGUCUACUUUUAAUUUAAAAUAGUCGUUGUUGGCGCUUGUAAAAAUUUGUUUUCUGUGUAAAUUCCAGUUUUGCGAUUUUUGUUUUACUCGCGCACUAUGGUUGGGCGCCCACGACGUCAAGCUGCAGUUAGAGCCACGCAGAUUAUAGAGCUGUCUGAUUCAGACGAUGAUGCUCCCACAGUGUCUAGAACAAGGCGACGUGAUAGUUCUUUUUCUCCUCCUCCGACCAAGUUGGCUCGAAUAGAUGCUGCGGCACGUUCAGUGUCUGGGGGAGAAGUUGCCACUGGAAGCGCAGCAAUUAGCCGAAAACGUUUUCCUACAACAAAAAAAACCGGUAAUACUAAAGAAGCAGCCAAAGUUUCAGAGAACCGCACCAAAAAGGACGGAAAAUCAGCGUCGCGAUCUAAAAAAUCCAAAGAGAAACCAAGUGUCACGAUUGAUGUUGACUGUGAUGUCAUUGAAGUUGCGGAGGAUGGAGAUGCUGAGCAGCAGCAGUUGGAUUUGACUAUCGGAGAUCCUGAAGUCGCAGCGCCUGUAGAUACAACAGAUGGUCAAUGCAAUUCACGUGCAGAAUCGCAAACAAGCAAGCCAUCUCGUGAGUCCAAUACUUACACUGGCCGCAGCUCCUUUUGGGCACGUCGCAAAGUGUGGCGCGUCGAUGAACUACUUGCCGAAAAGGAGAACGUUGAACCUAGCACUGCCAGGAAUAUUGUACAAUUGUUGGAGAAUGAGAAUACCAUUCCCUUCAUUUGCCGUUAUCGUCGUGAUUUGAUUAAUCACAUAACGCCUGAACGUUUACGUGAUAUAAAGAACUCUUACACGGAAAUCGUAGAGCUGCGUAAACGCGCUGAAACGAUAGUCACUCAAUUGGAAAAAGAGCAACAGAUUGGUGAAGAAGUACGCACAGAGAUCUUAUGUGCUAAAAGUAAUGAGGAGUUGGAGUUUUUGUAUGCGCCAUAUAAACCCGCUAGCAAAGGUUCACUUGCCGAACGUGCUAAAGCGCUGGGUUUAGGUGAUGCUGCCGAUCGUUUACUAUUCGGGGAGGCGCCUGAGGUUCGUUUAGAAACGUUAGUGGAUCACAACAAUCCAGAUUUGGAGAGUGUGGAAAAGGUAUUGCAGGGCAUUUGUCACAUAAUUUCGCAUAAUAUUAGCAAGCAUACAGGUGUCUUGGAAGAAAUGCGAAGGCUUCAAAAGGUUCAUCGCAUCGUGCUUAAGUGCUCUAAAGCUAAAGAUCCCAGUACAGUAGCUGUUAAAAAGGCAGCAACUACGGUUAAAAACAAAUUGAAUAACAAUAAUAAUACUAUUCAUUCGAAGAACAAAGCAGAUGCUUCAAAAUAUGAAACUUAUUAUGAUUUUCAACAAGAUGUUCGCUAUUUAAAACCACAUCAGGUGCUCGCUAUCAAUCGCGCUGAGAAGCAAAAAUUCCUGACUGUAAAAAUAAUCACUGCAGAUUAUGUAAAAAACGAUAUUAAACGCUUUACACGCGAGCUAUUUAUGAAUGAAGGUCUGCGUUAUCCGCUACGCAACCAGGUGUUUGAGCAGGCAUUCGAGGAGUGCUACAGUAAAAAAUUGCAACCCCUUUUGUCACGGCAAAUACGCAGCGAUUUGAAUGAAUUGGCCAAAAAGGCUGCAAUCGAUGUCUUUGCCCAGAAUUUAAAGCAAUUAUUGCUGCAAUCUCCACUAAAAGGUGAACGUAUUCUUGGUAUUGAUCCAGGCUUCACCAAUGGCUGCAAAUUGGCGCUGAUAUCCGAGACUGCCGAUGUUUUGGAAACAGGCGUGAUAUAUCCGCAUGCUCGGAGCAGUGAUCCCGAGGAGGUGGGCCACCAACUAGCUAAAAUGCUUAUAAGACACAACUGCAAAAUAAUUGCUUUAGGCAAUGGUACAGCCUGCCGCGAAACAGAAUUUUGGCUAUCGAAUUUAUUCGAUUACGGUAUAUUGGACAAAAAUACCGUGCGUUAUAGCAUAGUGUCGGAACAGGGUGCCUCAAUAUACUCAUGUGGCGAAGUGGCGCGUAAAGAAUUUCCAGAUAUGGACAUGAAUGAAAUAAGUGCAGUCUCCAUUUCACGGCGGCUAAAUGACCCGUUAAGCGAAUAUGUGAAAAUUGAACCACGUCACAUUGGUGUCGGCAUGUAUCAGCAUGACGUGCCAGAGAAAACGCUUAACGAGGCUUUAAAUGAAGUCGUUUCCGAAUGUGUGAGCUUUGUGGGUGUGGACAUUAACACAGCCAGCUUAAGUGUGUUGAAACAUAUUGCCGGUUUGAGUGAGAAAAAAGCUCAAAAAAUAAUAGAACAUCGUUCAAUUAAUGGUCCUUUUCAAACUCGCAAAGAUUUGUUAAAAGUGAAAUCCAUAGGCGAAAAGACAUUUGUACAAUGUGCGGGUUUUAUACGUAUUGAACCCUUGACUGUAGGAAGGAAAAUUGAAAAUCUGCUUGAUUGCACUUGGGUGCAUCCGGAGAGUUACGCAGUUGCUAAAAAAAUCAUAAGCAAAUGUAAUUUGCUGCUAAAUGAUAUCGGCACGAAAGCGUUUAUUUGCAAAAUCAAAGCAUACGCCUUACAGUGUGAUAUGGAAGAGUUAGCUGAGGAUUUUCAAAUACCAAAAGAGCGGCUCGAUGUCGUACUAAUGGCAUUACAACGCGAGCUCACUCAAGACUAUCGCGCAGAAUUUGCUAAGCGACCACUAUUUAAGCAAGGCUUAACACGCAUAACUGAGCUCUCUGAGGGAGAUGUGCUAACAGGUGCCAUAUCUAAUAUCACACACUUUGGUGCCUUUCUUGAUGUUGGGGUUGAAUGUAAUGCGCUCUUACAUAUAAGUAAAAUGAGAAACACAGAACUCACUGUGGGUGAUCGCGUUACCGUUUCGAUUAUACAAAUUGAUAUUCCACGUAAACGUAUCGGUGUACAGCUUGAGGAUAUGAUAAAGGAGACUGACACAUCAUUUACCUUGACAUAACUAAGCUAAGUUUAGAGUUAGAAGUGUAGUUAGUAGAAUUUAAUGCAUGCGUAUUUUGUUAUUAGCUUAAAAAAUUUCAUAUUUCCACGCCUAAAAAUACGUAUAUGUAUAUAACAUACAUAUAUUGUCCCUUAAAAUGCAUAUAUUUAGGUUUGUGCGCGUACGUUUUUCACAUUUUAAUUGGUUUAAUCGUGCCUAAAAAAUUUAGUUGUAAACUUCCAAAAACCCCUAAAAAAAUUCCCAAGAUCCCUAACAAAAUUCCCCCAAAUCCGCCCAAGGUUAAAAAAUAUACCUCUUUGAUCUUUAGCCAUACAAUUAUGCACUAUAUAACUGACAUCGGGGGAUGAAAAUUCGCCUCAAACGUAGAGUUACGUUUUUUUUUUUUUUGUGAAAAAUCUUAAAAUAGUAUUGGUUUAUUUGGUUAAUAUUAAGAAGUAAAUUUGUAAUAAUCUUUUUUUGCAAAUAAUUAAAAAGAAGAUAAAUACAAUAUACUAAAUGCUGUUGGGGUGAAAAUUUACCCCACGAUGAAUGCUAAGAUCUAUUAGAGAUAUAUUUCGGAUCUUGCAAACUGUUAGUAACAUGAAUUUUUAGGAUGGUUGUUCAUUAGGUCAGUUACAAAUCUAAAAAAAAAAAAACCAUAAUCAUUUUUUAUAAAUAGAAUGCGAUAUGAAGGGUUCAUGUUAUCCUUGCCAGGAAGGACGGGUUAUAUAGAUAGGAGUUAUCGGCGACUGUUGCUGAGAGAUCCCUAGAAGCUGCAGGUGCUGAGCUGGCAAGUGUCGUUGGUUCUCGAGCUUCAUGAGUUAUUAGAGCUUGCAUGGGGAUCUGUUCUUUAAUUAUUGCGGAGGACAGCACUACUGCCUUUAGUUCGCUGAUAUCCUUGAUGAGAUGUUGGAGAGACUGGGGAGUGUCUUCUUUGACUUUCAACACUCGUUUAACUUCGUCUUGCAACUUUGAAAACUCCUGCGAUAAUUGCGAAACUCUUUUACACUCUGUAGCAGGAUUGUGUAAAUCUAGAUCAAAUGCGUUUGAUUUCCGGAUAGUCUCUAUCAAUGAGUUGUUUACGAACCUUUCAAACUUUUCGAUAUUUUUAAUGGUGACCGGUCGCAACUCAAACACCUCGCACAGAUGAAAUAGGUAUGUAUCAUCUAAUGCUUUGCAUGUGGGGAUACUGUCUUUUAUUCUUCUUAUGUCCCAAGUUUCUUCAUCAUGAGCUGGUUUUGAGGGGGGGAAUGGGUCUACUUGUGCUUUUACAUUUUAUUAUUUGACACUUCAGAUUCGGUUCUUGCUACAGAAUUGAAUGCAAAAUUUCUUUCCCGCAAACCAAUUUUUCAUGUUUGGAAAGGGAUAAAAUCGCACAGGUCCAGAUCUGCAAAAUAUCGUGCGUAAAAUAUUAUAAAAAUGUCCAAUAUGCGUAACCAUGGUAAAAUGCCGUAUUGGAACUUAUUGCGAAAAUAAGGCGUUUCCAUAAUUUAUAGUUUAGAAAUAAAAUAGAGACUGAUGCUUUGGCUUGAGUCAAUUCCGAACACAGCCCUUCUUUGUUAGUUGCGAUCGUUUUGCCUUUAUUUUAACAUUCCAUUUUUCAUCAAUUGUCGAUUUUCCCUUCUUGAAAUUAGUCUGAUCAGGAUUAUACUAUAUGUGCGUCCUCAUAGUCUUUCCGGCCGAAGAUGCCGUGUUUUUUUGCCUUUUUUGGUGCACUUCCAUCUAGUUCUGGGUGCGUUCAGAAAUGCAUCAAGCCAAAGCAUCAGUAUAUUUUAUUUCUAAACUAGAAUUUUGAUGGAAAUGUCUUAUUUACGUAACUAAGUUCCAAUUUGGCUUAUAACCGUGGUUGUGCAUAUUUGACAUUUCUAUAAAUUAUAGUUUAGAAAUAAAAGAGACUGAUGCUUUGGCUUGAUGCAUUUCAGAACGCACCCUCUAUCGUCCGAAUUGAUUUGUUUGUGGUCUCUGGUGUGUAAUGGCGCAUCCAUGUUUCACCAAUUGUUAUGAAUCUACGCAAAAAUUCCUUCUCAUUACAUUGAAACGGAAAUUUGACUUGACUUGAGUGAUUGGAACAUCGUAUAAUUUUGUAUUGCAAAUUUACAAAUUUUUUUAGUUCAGUUUAAAUUUAUUACUUAUAAACUAUUGCGUGAUGCAUACUGGUUUUAUAUAGUGCAGGUACAUAAAAUAUAAAAUAAAUAUAGUUUACGGUGGAAGAAAAAUUGUAGUUCGGCCGGUGUGUGUGUGUGUUGGUGCGGUGCGUG